AACCAAUCGAUGACUGCGGGGGAGGGAGAUGGAAGAUACUUGUACUCGUUGUUUUAGUUAAACGUUGUCAAGAUUCACUAAAUUAGAAAUGUUAGAGUGUUACUUCAAUGUUGAUAGUGGUUAUCUUGAGGGUUUAGUAAGAGGAUUUAAAACAGGAAUUCUAAGACAUGCUGAUUAUUUAAAUCUCGUACAAUGUGAAACUCUGGAAGAUCUCAAGUUGCAUCUGCAGAGCACAGACUAUGGCAAUUUCCUGGCAAAUGAAGCUAGUCCUCUAACUGUAUCAGUUAUUGAUGACAAACUUCGAGAAAAGUUGGUGAUAGAAUUCCAACAUAUUAGAAACCAUGCAGUGGAGCCACUCUCAACAUUUUUAGAUUACAUAACGUACAGUUAUAUGAUUGACAACAUCAUCUUGCUGAUCACAGGAACUCUCCACCAAAGACCAAUAUCUGAGCUUAUUCCCAAAUGUCAUCCUUUAGGAAGCUUUGAUCAGAUGGAAGCCAUUCAUAUUGCUGCCACACCUGCUGAGCUAUAUAAUGCUGUAUUAGUAGACACUCCUUUAGCUCCCUUUUUUGUGGAUUGUAUCUCUGAGCAAGAUCUGGAUGAAAUGAACAUAGAAAUCAUCAGAAAUACACUUUACAAGGCAUAUCUUGAGGCUUUUUACAAGUUCUGUAAAGAGACAGGAGGAACAACAGCUGAUGUCAUGUGUGAGAUCUUAUCUUUUGAGGCUGAUCGUCGAGCUUUUAUCAUCACCAUCAACUCAUUUGGUACAGAGUUGACUAAAGAAGACCGUUCUAAGCUUUAUCCUCACUGUGGAAAGUUGUAUCCAGAUGGUCUGGCUGCUCUGUCCAAAGCUGAUGACUAUGAACAAGUUAGAGCUAUUGCAGAGUACUAUGCUGAAUAUUGGACAUUAUUUGAGGGGUCAGGUAAUAAUCCGGGAGAAAAAACUUUAGAAGACAAAUUCUUUGAACAUGAGGUCAAGCUGAAUGUGAAUGCUUUUCUCCAGCAGUUCCAUUUUGGUGUGUUUUAUGCAUAUGUGAAGUUGAAGGAACAAGAAUGUCGAAACAUUGUUUGGAUUGCAGAAUGUGUGGCCCAGCGUCACAGGGCAAAGAUUGAUAAUUACAUACCCAUCUUGUGAUUGUGUAAAAUUGGAUCUCACAAAAAUAACACUAUCAAAUAUAGUAGAAUAUACAUGUAUAUUGUAUCAUAUUUAUAAAAUUAUUUUUUGGUUUAUACAUCUAUUGUGGUUUAUAUCGUAUAUAUAGGAUUUGUUUUUUAUUAAACUUUCCUCUAAGUAGUCAAAUAUUUGCUAACUAUUAGAAAAAAAAAAGAUUACAGAAACAAAGGCAAAACACAGCUUCACAAAAAUGAUGUGAACAUUAGAGAAUAUUUAAUUCAUACUAGAUCAAUUUUACAAAUGAAGAAGAGAAAAGUUUCAUCAUUUUAGUGUUGUGCAGUUUUAUAAAAACUGAAGAUUUUGUAUUUUAAAUCUUCCCUGAAAUAAUAGUUUAGAGAAUUA